AUGCCCGACUUGACCGAUGAGGGCGCCGCCGGGGUCAACGAGAGGAGAGUGCGGCGCAGAGCUGGAGCGCUUGGCGGGCGGAUGUCGCAGGGCGCCAGAGUGUUGCCCCCUUGUGACGUGGCGGUUGCAGACGGGCUAAGAUGGGCGUUGCUUCUGACCGCCGUGCCCGUCCUCACCAAGGUCUUCCGAGCACUGUUGCGACUCCGGAACGACCUGGGCCACAGCGUGAGACGGAAUGGCGCCCGCCUGGAGUGGAUCGUGCGCCUGGAGAGCCACUACCGCCGGCUGCGCAUGUCCCAGAGGAGGUGGCUUCAGAAGCAGGUCCCCCGCGCGAGGAACGACGUGGGCAUGCCCGCCGCGUGCCCGCCCAGCCCGGGCGCCCCCGACAACGCCUGGCUGCUGCGCGCGAAGCGGCAGCGUGUCAGGCUGGGCGAAACAGCGAGCGGGCCCAUGCCGGGGGGAUGGAUCAAAGCAGGAACCCUUGCCGACGGGGACCUGCUCAACGAUAUCCUUGAGUCUGAGUUGAUAGAGGCGGCCGCCUACGACGACGACGAUGCCUCCCAGGGUACGUACAUACUUCAGGCGACGCCGCUGGCCGACGGGGAGCGCCCCCCUGGCCGGUCGCCGAGUGGCCGCCCAGCGGCGGAGCCACGAGCGGAGGCUCUGGGCGAGCCUCCGCCUGCGGGGCGCGGGGCCCCCGACGGCGCGUUGUGGGCUGGCGCCCGCAGCGUGCGACCCCGGCGUGGGGUCGGGGAAGAGCUAGAGGAGCUCCGCGCUGGCCUGGAGGAAGGCAACAACCGCCACGGCCUGGACAGGCCAGACCGCGCCCGCGGGCACAGGAGCAGGCGCCGAGCCCGCGCCGCGGAGAGCGGCGCAGCCCGCCCCGCCGUGAGGCAGCGAGUCCGCGGCGCGGGGGAGAGCCCAGCCCGCGCCGCCGCGAAGCGGCGAGCCCGCGCGGCCGGGAACAGGGCGCAAGGGAGCGGUCAGGAGACGGGCCCCGCCGGCGCCGCCGCCGCGGGUUUUCACAACGCCUCGACCCCAGGCGACCGCUCGAGCACCACGCAGGGGCGGUUGAUGCGCUUCGCGCGCGAGAACCAAGGCAGGCUGGCCGAGAAGCUACUGUGGAAAAUGGCCAGCAGGGUUACUCCUGGGGGAGAGGCGGACUCCGACUCCGAGAACCAGACAGGAGCCGCACCGGCGGUCGCUUCGGCGUACCACUUGAGGGUGCUGUCCACGCAGCAGCCGCCCCUCUCGAAGCGCAACGCGAACGAGAUGCGGCUCAUGUGCAAAAUGCUCGACCUGCUCAGCCGCAACAAGGUCAAGAGAGCCAUGGACUUCGCAGCCCAGCACUUGAAAGCCAUCGAGCAGUCGGUGGCAGACGGGGGCUGGACCAGAGCCCGCUUCCUCGAAUUGUUCGAGGAGGAUGCGCCGUCCCUCGUCGGCAGGGGGGAGAAGUACAUGAUGCGGUCGGAGGUCCGAGCCGAGCAGGCACUCGCUCUCCGGAGCGGCUCGGGCCCGAAAGGGGCACCAAAGGGCGCCCGCUCGGACGAAGCUGGCGCAGCGGUCAACGGGGCGACGGAGAGCCGCGGCAAGGGCGAGGCCUUCAGCGGGAAGGGCUUCAGCUUCGGCGCGGCCUCGAAGAGCAAAGCGAAGGGGAAAGACAAGGCGGGGAACGACUUGCUACCAAUGCCGGCAGCAGCGGCGCGCGAGCACGCGCGGUCGUUGUCUGAGGCAGCGGGGCACGACGGUGCUCGCGCAUCCCACUGCCAGGCGGCAGUGUGGUGCAUGACGGUAACCCUCAACUUCUUCGCGCAAGCAGCAUGGGCGGGAGACGCGAAAGGCUCCCCUUCGCCAGGGCCGCGACCAGGCCUCACAACCACGCAACAGCACGCCGCGGGCCAUCUUUGGGAAGCGGCAGCCGAGCUCCUGGCGGAAGGCGGCCCCGCGCCGUCCGCUCGCCAGAUCAGGGCGGACCUAGCCACUCGCCAAACGGAUUACAUGGGUGAGCCCGUUUCCGUGCGCAGGCAACUGGUCGCAAGCAAGGUGCUGCCGGCUUGGCCGCGCGCGGGCGAAGCGGCAGCAGUGCCCGUCACUAGGUUCUUGGACGGGGAGCUUCUUGACGAUGUCCUUAACCCAAGCUCCUGCCUCCUCCCCCCAGACGAAUGGCCCCUCGACCCGCCGUGUUCGAGAGUGCACGCCUCGGACCGAGAAUGGUGCAAAAUCGUGAAAGAGGGCGCUGCCAGAGGCAUUUUCGCCGAGGUCCCAGAAGACAAGAUUUUCCGCGACCCUUCAGGCCGGCUGGUCGUCAACGGGGCAAUGGGCAUCGACAAGCCCCCCAAAUCUUCCGAAGAAGGGGAAACGCUGUUGCGCUUCAUCUCCAUCUUCACACCGAUCAACGCGUAUUUACGCAAGCUCCGUGGAGAUGACCACACUCUCCCGGUAGCGGCGCUACUCAGCGCUUGCAUUUUGGAAGAUGGGGAGGAGUUCUGGGACGACGCUGAAGACCAAAAGGGCUGCUUCAACAUCUUCCGGCUCCCGGAAGAGUGGCUGGGGUAUUGCGCGUACUCCAAGCAGGUCCCAGCGUCAGCGUUCGGUGGGGAUCCGAACAGGCUAGCUUGGGUUGCUAUGCGUUGCGUUGCGAUGGGGUCAAAAAUCGCUGUAUCGAUCAUGCAGCGGGUCAUGCGGGUCCUGGUGUUCGAAGAAUCUACCGUCGACGCGGCCACGGAGCUCAGGCGAGACGCGCCGGUGCCCGAGGAUAGCGUGAGCGUCGUUUGUCUCGACGGGUUCGACUUCGUGCGGAAAGCCCAAACGCGGCUCCAGCACCUCCAGGCGCCAGAAUCGGAAGAACACAUCGCCUUCGUUGGCACGUGUGCCCGAUAUGGCAUCCCCCUCAACCCUGCGAAGUCUUUGGUGGCGAAGCUCAAUGCGGGCAUCCUCGGCGGUCUUCUGCGGGGGGACAAGGGCUGGCUGGCGGUGGCGCCGGACAAGGCCCGAGCACUAGCAUUCAAAGGCGCGGUCCUGGCCACGGAAAGCUCCUGGAGCGCUGGCGCGCUCCAGCAUUGGGCCGGGCAGGCUUGUUUUGCCGCCGGCUUCCGCAGGCCUCUCUUCGCGGUGCUCGAACAAGUCUUCCCGACCAUGCAGUUGGCAGCAAGUGGGCCUAUUCAGGCCAGCGCAGCAACCAUGGACGAAAUCAUUGCCUUCACAUUAUUGCUGCCUCUAGCAUACACAAACUUGCGGGCGCAAGUGAAAAGAGCAAUCUCGUGCACGGAUGCGUCGGAACACGGGGGAGGGGCGGCCGAAGCUACCACCUUCGUCCGCACUCAGGACCCGCAGCGCGCCGCGCGCUUCGAAGCGCACUUUGCGAGGCUGGCGGGAGACUCCUCCAGGGCGACCGGAAAGUCCGCGGGCUGCGUCGUGUGCGGCACCUCCCUGCCAGAAAACGCUUGGGCCGGCAAUUUUGCGCGCUGUCCGGCAGCGUGCGGCGUGGUCAUGUGUUCGGUGGACUGCGUGCUCACGCACCGCCGGGUAAGUUGCGACUUAGCGGGGGAGAGGCUAUUCAGCUUCUUCGAGGGCCACUCCGGCCCCGAUGCCCUGCUUACGUGGGCCGUAGCCUGCUCAGGCGUGGAGAUUUGUCUCCCCCUCGACCCCACCAGGGUCCCCUACUCGGAGGUGCUCCGAGAAUCGGGGCGCAAACACAUCCACUUGGAAGCGGAUGACGAGGCCACAGCUUGGGAGCAUUGGAAUGCAUCCCCGGAGUGGCAGGCGCACUCGCGCUCCCUUUCGGCGCCCGGGGGAAAGCCCGCCAAAAUCGGCAGCCUUGCAUUCGCAAGGUUGCAGUGGAGGCUCGCCAACUGGGGGUUUGCAGUCGUGCAAGCCCCCGCGCAUGACCCUCUGUGGUACACCCCGGAAGCUCUCGCGGUGAGCCGCCGCGCAGGGGUGCACGAAACAGCCGUCGUCCUUGACUACGGGGGCGCCGGCGGCCAGCAGGAAGUUUGGUUCCUGCACAACUGCCGGGCACUGUGCACGGUGCUUCCAGGCGCGCCAGGCCAGGCUACUUCAAGAGAGGCUUUCCGAACGGCAUACGCCGGAGCCGUCGCCCAGGCCUUGAAAGACCUAGGGGCCGGCACGCUGCCGCUGCAGCCCACCAGUAGACCAGAAUGGAUCCGCGACCAAUUGGCGCAGGAGCGCCGCAAGGCCUACAGCGAAGGCGCGGACAAUCUAGCCCGAGAGGUGGGGGCGAUCUUGCGACAGAUGGUCCCAGGACAAGAGGAGAAACAUUUACGUUCCCUCCUGUCGUGGUCAGACCCGAAGGGCAGCCACGUCUGGCUCGCCACAGGGGAAGUCGCCAACGUGUUUCAAACGGUCCCGUACCCAGCUUUCUCGUGGAAGUGGCAGACCACUAUGUCGUACCCAUGGAAAGCACACCAGCAUAUUAACCUGGACGACAGCCUCGCUGAGUUCGUCAAUCACUUAUGGAUGGGAGGUGAUUCUCACGGAUAUGCUGCGAACACCAUUUGUGGAAUCGCUAGGUUGUAUCCUAAGGCGCGGAAGGCAAUCCCUACAGCCCGGCAGUAUUUGCACAAUUGGGGCACGGUGUUGGAAAGAAAGCGUGCUUUCCCCCUCGACCGGGGGCUCCUUCGAGCGAUGGUCGGGGCCGCUAUGGCGUACCACAGAGUCGAUCUGGCGGCGCUUCUCCUCGCGGGUUUUCUGGGCCUCCUGAGAACCAGCGAGGUGGUGGGGCUGGCGCCACAUCAUUUGCAUUUCAGCCCAGACGGGCGCAAAGUACUCAUCAUGCUGCACGACACCAAAACAACGAAAAGAAAGAAAGGCGUCGAACACGUCCUCAUCGAAGACAGCAUCGCCGUAGCGGCGUUGCGCGCGGCGGCGGCUACUCGCCAGCCAGCCCAACCACUGUAUACAAAGCCAGCCCGCCAUUUCACAAGCGAAUACAAAUGGUUGUGCGGGUUGUUCGAGGUUGAGGGCGAUACUGUCACCCCGUACGGCUUACGGCGUGGAGGCGCGACGUGGCUAUGGCUACUGUCCGGGUCCCUGGACAGGGUCAUGGUGGUGGGCGGCUGGCAGCACGCCAACACAGCCCGCAUUUACAUCGAAACUGCGGCAGCAGAGCUUGGUAGCUGGAAGCACAGCGACCGCGCCGAAUCGCUCAUCCACCAGGCCGGAGCAGCAGGAAGAAGAGCAUUGCUGGGCGCUUGA